AAUUUUCGCGUAUGCUUGUUAUUCUUGUAGGCAAAGCAACCGUUUGCACUUUCACAUUCGCUAUUUUAAACCCAAUACAUCAUUUCAGAUAUCCUGCAUACCCCUUCUUUUGGACGUCAACGAAAUCAACAUCAUAGCUCUACACAUACUAGCUGGCAUAUCAUCAGGUGGCCUGUAUACAAUCUUCCCGAUAUACAUCCGAGAGAUAAGUUCCAUACAAAACAGAGGGUUAGCUCUCUCCCUGUUCAUGCCAAUGACGGCAGCAGGGUAUCUGAUGAGACUGGUAACGGAUUUGGACGCGCUGAUGUUUUUGAUGGUGGCUCUUGUGGUGGUUCAAAUGAUCACGGUGUUCUGUCUAGUGGAGUCCCCGAGUUAUUUGGUCAUGAUUGGGAAUCCUGAGCGAGCAAAGCUAACAGUGUCGAGAUUAAAAUGCCUGCUGCCCGAGCACCCGACCGUGCUACGAGAAGUCGCCAGCUUGAAGGAUGAAAGCGACAGAGCGAGGGCUGCGGGGAAAUUGCACACGAUAACAAUAAUUAAAAACCCGAUAUGGCGCGACGCCACCAAAAUCGGCUUGGUCCUCCACAGCACCAUGAUCCUGUGUGGCAGUAUCAUCUUCUUGGAUCAGCACAAGACCCUGGUACAGCUGGGGUCACCGGCAGAUCCCGACAGGGUGCUCACUCUGGCUUGCUUCUGCGCUGGCAGUUUACUAUGUACAGUCGUCAUACGAGUAACGGAAAGAAAUUACCUCCUAACCGGCGCCUUCUUCGUGAUGGCUGUAUCAAUGGGCACGCUGGCGGUAUACACGCAGGCUGAUCUGACUGUGUACACAAACCGCUGGGUACCCGUGGCCGCGCUCGGAGUACUCGUAGCAGCGUACGGCGUGGUUUGGGGGCUACCCGCGCUUGUGAUAACGGAGCUGUUUAACUGUGAGAUCCGAUCGCACCAGCUAGCCCUCCUCUACGUCUAUUCCCAGCUCAUAAAACUGGUGCACGUGUACAGCUACCCCCACAUCGAGGCGUACAUCGGCGUGUACACCAUGUUCUAUAUAUUUGUCGGAAUCAACCUGUUUGCGGCGGGUGUACUGUCUGUUCCAUAUACCGCAGCUCAAGAACAAGACGACGAGACAGAUCGAAAAGCAACUGAAGAGAGUACCGCUUUUGAAUAUUUAACUACGAGUAGUAAUAUGAGAAUCUGAUUUGUACAACAGUUAAGGUGAUGUUCGAAUGGCAACUGCAGCUGCAUUACUGUUACGAAAUUGCUGCUACAGCGUUGAUGCUGUAUCUGUCAAUUUCCUUAAUCAAAUUGAACGUCAUAACCGCGGAAGUAAUGCGGCGGCGACCGUCACUUAUUUUAUUAAUAAAAUUUACAGAUACAGAGGCCUAGUUCAAUCCGCAGCAGUAAUGCAGCUGAAGUUGACAUCCGAAUGUCACCUUUACUCUGCAGCGUUGCUGGUGUAGCGUCAUACGUCAUAAUCGCGGCAGAUAUCACUGUAAAUUUCCUUGAUAUUUGCUAUCACUAUUGCAGUACUGUAGUGAUUAGAACGUUCAAUACUCAACUAAUUGUAUCAUAGAGAUUGACAGUGACAUUACCAGUUUCUAGCUGCUGCCGCAUAAAGCAGCCUGACUUAACCAGAUCCUUAUACAGUCACGUCGAAUAUACAUAGAGUGUGGGAAAAAUGAAUGGGUCCUGGAGAGAAAGUGCCUUUGAACCUCAAGUUAGCUCACAAGGAAAGGUACCCAACUGUCCGGUUCCGAUUUGAUUUAUAUUUAUAUAUGUUAUAGAGUAGUCUAAGUUUAGGAAAACUUGAGUUUAAGCAGAUAUAACAAAACACUUGUACAUUAUUUUUUCCUGUUCUCAAACAUAUACUCAAACAAGCCAUUAACUAGCAAGUUGCUUGAGCAUCACUUUCUAUAGGAGUUAGAAGAUUUAGUAACUUUUUAGUACUUUGGAGGACAAUUUCUCCCAAUAGUUUGAGUUUCGGCAGCUAAAAAAAUACGUGUCCGUUAUUUUAGACUACUCUAUAACAUAUAUAAAUAUAAAUAAAAUCGGAACCGGACAGUUGGGUACCUUUCCUUGUAAGUUUGGAAUUACAAAUGGAACGAAUACCUGGAACAGUCAGUCUAAGCAUAGAGAAAUAAGUAAGCAUUGAGUGUUCAAUCCAUACAUCAGUUUUCUUACCAAAACGCAUAUUAUUUUCGGAGUAAUGUAGCGUUAUGUAGAAGAUAUAUCAGUACCGUUACUUGACAAUAGAUAACACUAGUGUCGCGACUGACGAAAAGUGUAUUGCUCAACAAUUGACAAUUAAUAUUACAGGCAGAAGGAGUUGAAAAUAGAGUUCCGGUUAUCGAUUAUAGGUUAUAAUAUUAGCUGAAAAGUAGAAAAGUAUAUAUGCCCUAAGCAUACUAAAAAAGAACACAAACUUCGAGUGUGCAUUAUCCGCAUACUACGCAUAUGCGUGCGCAUGGCUUCGGUACGCUGUAGUCCUUUGGGGUGAUAGUGUCGAGGCCGAGCAACUUUUUAUAAUGCAGAAGAAGUGUAUUCGAAUUUUAGCGAAUGUGCGUAUACCAGACAGCUGCCGUCCGUACUUUGUCCGCUACAAACUAUUAACACUGCCCUGCAUCUAUAUAUUGCAAGCUGCUAUUUUUGUUCGCAAAAACUCUCAUUUAUUUGAAUUAAAACAGGAUAAGGAAACAACUAGAGCACAGUAUAGGAAUAAAUUGCAACUACCUCAAACCAAACUACAAAUGUGUAGAAAUAGUCCACAUUACAAAUGUAUCCUAAUAACUAAUAAAAUUCCAGACUCGAUUAAGCAAGAACCUGAAAAUGCGACCUUCAAAACUAAAUUAGAAAUAUUAUUUAC